UUAAAUGAAUUGAUUUAUUGAUAUAAGUUAUGUCAAGACAUGACAACCAAAUUAUUGACACUUAUUGGUGACAAUUGUUUACAAAACAGUAAGACAUGAGAGUAUAAUCAAAGACAUGGAUUAUCACUUGAUUUGAAAGACAUGUUACGUUUGAAUUCAUUUUUCUUCGGUAUUAUAAUCACAUCCAUUGUCUGGCUUUUGAUUAUCUACUUCUAUGUCUUAAGAAAUGGUUUCAAUGAUAUCUCAAUUAACACGAAGAACCCAUUGAUGCCAAACUAUGUACAGAGACUUCCAGAAAGACAUCGUAUAAUAUCUCGACUGAAAUCACAGUUUAAUGACUUAAAUCAGUUAAAAAUCUUAAGAACCAAAGAAAUUAAGUCUAAUCUAAUAAACGAUAAUCCGGUCGACGAUGAGAUUGACCAUCAAUUAGAUAUCAAAUGGCAUAACACAGGUUUACAAUCGAUGGACAAUAGCAUGGAUUUGGUUGGUUUGGGUAUUAUUAACAACAAAGAAGACAAACGUAUCAAAGAUGUCGGCUAUAAGAAGCACGCCUUUAAUGUAUUGAUUAGUUCCAGAAUUGGUUUUCAUCGACCGAUUCCCGACACGAGAAACCCUUUGUGCCAAACAAGUCAACCGUAUAUUCCGUUAAGUGAUUUACCGAUCGCUUCGGUCAUUAUCUGCUUUUUCAAUGAAGAUUUUACGACUUUAUUGAGAACCGUUUACAGUGUUCUCGAGCGCACCGAUCAUAGAAUUCUUCAUGAGAUACUACUUGUCGAUGACUUUAGUGACGAUGCUUACAUUAAAGAUAAAUUAAGAGAUUUUGUGGAUAAAGAGUUACCUAAUAAAGUCAAACUAAUCCGAACUCCAGAAAGAGCUGGUCUUAUCAGAGCCCGUAUGUAUGGCGCGUAUCACAGCACCGGACAAACAAUGGUUUUUCUUGACAGUCAUUGCGAAGUGAAUACCGAUUGGUUGCCACCACUUCUAUCCCGUAUUCAUCAAAACAAGACAACAAUUGUUUGUCCAAUCAUUGACAUUAUAAAUGCCAACACUUUUGAAUAUACAGCCUCUCCUAUAGUAAAGGGAGGCUUUAAUUGGGGAUUGCAUUUUAAAUGGGAUUCAGUGCCGCACAAUAAACUUUUAGAGAAAAGCGAUUUUAUAAAACCAAUUCCGUCUCCAACAAUGGCUGGCGGACUGUUCGCCAUCGAUCGCAACUAUUUCUAUGAAAUGGGAGAAUAUGAUAGAGGAAUGGAUAUUUGGGGUGGAGAGAAUCUUGAAAUAUCUUUUAGGAUUUGGAUGUGUGGCGGAACACUUGAAAUAAUUCCCUGUUCUCGUGUGGGACACGUGUUUAGACAAAGGCGACCUUAUGGGUCACCUACUGGUGAGGACACCUUAACAUACAACUCCUUACGUGUGGCUCAUGUCUGGAUGGAUGAUUACAAAAAAUUCUUUUUUAUGCAAAGACCAGAUGCCAGUAACAAAUCUUAUGGUGAUAUUAGCAAUAGAUUUAAGUUAAGACAACGACUAAAUUGCAAGUCUUUUGAGUGGUACCUGAAUAAUGUAUACCCAGAGCUAAGGCUACCGUCACCUCAAGACAAUCUUAAAGAGAGAAAGAAAGCAAUUAAAGCAAAAUUAUCAAAGCAUGUAAAGGGAAAGUCGGCUCUAUUAAGGAAAACACCAAAAGUUGUCGAUAAGUACUUAAUUCAACUCUCGGGAACUAAUUUGUGCAUUGAAUCCGAAUCUGAAGUAUCAUACAAAGGGUCGAAAAUGUUGCUUCAAAAAUGUGCUAAAAUUCGUCGACAGUUAUGGUACGAAACAGUAAAACAUGACUUAAGAUUAGGACAAAAGUUAUGUUUAGAAGCGGACGACAAAAAUCCACAUUUAUCCAAAUGUCACGAAAUGGGUGGCACUCAGGACUGGAAACAUUCAACAAAAAAAAACACUGCAAUAUAUUCAAUAGCGGGCGGUAUGUGUUUGGGUGUCCGUCACGAGUCAAGUGGAGAAUAUGUGAUAAUGUCGUUAUGCAAUUCAGAUGAAAGCAAACAAUGGAAUCUUAUUUCUUAAAAUCAAUUAAAUCUAAUAUUUAUAUCGAUUUAUAAUUUUAUAUAUUUUACA